CAAUAAAAGAGCACUAGAGCUCUUAGCCCAUUUAAUCGCUGUCAUUUGGUCUGGUGGAGCAAGAGAGAAAGAAAAGCCGAGAUCCACAGGCCAGAGCCGAUCCAUUUGCAUGCUCGAUCGGGAACAUGAGAGCUGUCAAAGACCCUCUCACCCUACACCUACAAGAACCCUACGGGAUAUUGCAGCCUGCAUCAUCACCGCUCGCAGCAUAUGCAGCAGUGCUGCUUCUCUUCCUGCUCGUCGCGGCAGCCGUCGCGGGCAUGUGCGUGUCCACGACGUUCGCACGACGCAACAAGCGGUUCAGCGCCAAAAAACACGCCGCGGCGGCGGAUGCAGCAGCAGCAGCAGCAGAUUCGAAUGAGAACGAGUCGACGCUGCGUAAGGCGUCGGAAGUGCAGCGGAUCGCGUCGGCCGGCUGGUGCAUGAUCAAGAGAAUCUUCGUCUGUUCCGCGCGUACUUCGAGGCCGAAGCCCGUCGGCUGCGAAGCGUCGGAAGAGGGCGCGAGAUGGGAGCUGACGGUCGACGAAGGCGCGUGGGACGGAUACCGAGGGGCGGCGGCGGCGGCGGCGGCGGCUGCUCUGCCGCUGUGGCAGCGCAAGAUAUUGAUGGGGGAGAGGUGCGAGCUGCCGCGGUUCAGCGGCCUCAUACUGUACGAUGAGUGCGGCCGCCCGCUUCAAACCAGCCCCCGAACAGGAACGAUCAUUCCACGGCAGGAAAAGCAAGCAGCAGCUAUUACUACUCUGAAGGACCUACUUUAGCCACUCUUUCAUGUUUAAAAUAAAAUAAAGGCUAAUAUAAAACGUAUGUACUUAAUCUCUCUUAAAAGAUCAAAAAUAUUUUAGUAAAUAAUAGUAACUAAAUUUGUUUUUAUUUUAUUACUGUUUUUUCUACCCAGGAGAGUGAAGUACAUAUUUUUAUCUUCGAAAUGUUAAAUGCUCACAACAUAAGUUUUUAGAAAAAAUAAGUGCAUUAAACAUCAUAAUAUAUUGAAAAGAACAAAGUACAUUUUAGUCUAAAAUAAAAUUAUUAAGUGGCAAAAAGUUUUCUCCUUUGUGUAGCAAGAGCUUCUUGGAAGAGGUUAAGAUUGUUGAGAGAACAAGGCCGGGCUCGAGUGAGCAGAGGUAUCAAUAAGGGCAUAUUUGUUUCAUUAUCGAAAUUGGACUUUGGAUUAAAGUGGAGUUUGGUAAAAACUACUUC